AGGCGACAGCGCAGGCGCCACGAAACCCUCGAAAGCGCAGGCGCCACGAAAUCGCAAGGGCAGGAGGCCUAUAUAAUACGGAGCCAGAUAAACCCUAGGCGAACUAUCAGACCGCGCGCGCCGCCAGUAUCUGUUAGUUAACAGCUCCAGCAGCCAUGGGGAAGGAGAAGAUUCACAUCAGCAUUGUGGUCAUUGGCCAUGUCGACUCUGGCAAGUCGACGACCACUGGUCACCUGAUCUACAAGCUUGGAGGCAUCGACAAGCGUGUGAUCGAGAGGUUCGAGAAGGAAGCUGCUGAGAUGAACAAGAGGUCCUUCAAGUACGCCUGGGUGCUUGACAAGCUCAAGGCCGAGCGUGAGAGGGGUAUCACCAUCGAUAUCGCCCUGUGGAAGUUCGAGACCACCAAGUACUCCUGCACCGUCAUUGAUGCUCCUGGUCACCGUGACUUCAUCAAGAACAUGAUCACUGGUACCUCCCAGGCUGAUUGUGCUGUGCUUAUCAUUGACUCCACCACUGGUGGUUUUGAGGCUGGUAUCUCCAAGGAUGGCCAGACCCGUGAGCAUGCUCUCCUUGCUUUCACCCUUGGAGUGAGGCAGAUGAUCUGCUGCUGCAACAAGAUGGAUGCCACCACCCCCAAGUACUCCAAGGGCCGUUACGAGGAAAUCGUGAAGGAGGUCUCCUCAUACCUGAAGAAGGUCGGCUACAACCCUGACAAGGUCCCAUUUGUCCCCAUCUCUGGGUUCGAGGGUGACAACAUGAUUGAGAGGUCCACCAACCUUGACUGGUACAAGGGCCCCACCCUCCUUGAGGCUCUUGACCAGAUCAACGAGCCCAAGAGGCCCUCGGACAAGCCCCUGCGUCUUCCCCUCCAGGACGUUUACAAGAUUGGUGGCAUUGGAACUGUGCCAGUGGGGCGUGUUGAGACAGGUGUGAUCAAGCCUGGCCAGCUCGUCACCUUUGGCCCAACUGGGCUGACCACUGAGGUCAAGUCUGUGGAGAUGCACCACGAGUCUAUGCUUGAGGCUGGUCCAGGUGACAAUGUUGGCUUCAACGUCAAGAAUGUGGCUGUGAAGGAUAUCAAGCGUGGGUAUGUGGCCUCCAAUGCCAAGGACGACCCAGCCAAGGAGGCUGCCAGCUUUGUUGCCCAGGUCAUCAUCAUGAACCACCCUGGUCAGAUCGGCAACGGCUACGCCCCAGUGCUGGACUGCCACACAUCCCACAUCGCCGUCAAGUUCUCUGAGAUCCAGACCAAGGUUGACAGGCGAUCUGGUAAGGAGAUUGAGGCCUUCCCCAAGUUCCUCAAGAACGGCGAUGCUGGUUUCGUGAAGAUGAUUCCCACCAAGCCCAUGGUGGUGGAGACCUUCGCCCAGUACCCUCCCCUUGGUCGCUUUGCUGUGCGCGACAUGAGGCAGACCGUCGCUGUUGGUGUGAUCAAGAGCGUGGAGAAGAAGGAUCCCACUGGCGCCAAGGUGACCAAGGCUGCCGCCAAGAAGAAAUGAGAUGAUGCCUGGUGGUUGUCUGCUACUACACUCGCAGUAGUGGUGGUGGUAUAUCGUGAUGUUAGGAGUGUUAGUGUGUUUGGGAACUUGCCCCGUUUUGUCGAGUUUGGUUAUGUGCGCGUCGAGCAGCCUUUGUGCUGCUUAUCAUUCUAUCUUCUGUUUGUGUUGGUGAACUAUUGGCAUGCUAUGUUCGGUUACAGUUGCUACUUUAUAUAUAGCAGGUCAGAAAUUUGGAGUCA